UGCAGAUGCUGUACAAGCUGAAGACGUCUAAGGUGUUUGAGAACCCCAAUGCGGGUGAAGGCCGGGCGGUCGAGCAGGUAGAGGAGGACCCUUACGCCAUUCAGAUGGUCCGCUGGUGCCCGCAGAGCCGUCUCUUCUGUGUGGUGGGCAUCUCUGCCUAUGUCAUCCUCUACCGCUUCAGCAAAAACGACGCCAACGCAGAGAUAGUGUCACUGGAAGUGCGUCUGCAGUUUGAUUCAGAGGACGUCAUCUCCCUGUCAGAGACAGACCCGUGUUUCUCAGACCCCAGUUCCCACUCCCCCCAGAUGCCCGGUAGCCCCAGCAACGGCUCACAAGACAGCCUCCACUACCGCAAAGUAAAGAGUCGUCCAGUGCGCAUGCCCCCGGGGUACCAGGCUGAGUUGGUGAUGCAGCUACAGUGGGUGGAUAGAGAGCCCCCCCAGCAUAUCACCAGCCUGGAUAUCAACUCUGCCUAUGGCCUUCUAGCGUUUGGGAGCUGCAAUGGUCUAGUGGUGGUGGACUACAUUCAGAAGACCAUCCUGAUGUGUGUGAGCACGUUGGACCUGUACGGAGCCGCUGACCCCUACCAACGUCUCACACGCUCCCCACGCAAAAACAGACAGUCCACCUCAGGCCUAACGGAACUGUCCGACAACCAGGUGUCCAUGGACAUGGAGAGAAGCAAGUCACCCACCUCAGAUCAUGUCAAUGGACAUUGCACUAGCCCCACCUCCCAGCCAUGCUCCUUGGGGAAGUCUCGCAUUCCUGGGGCUCCUGAGGUCCCGCGGCUCCCCCGGAGAGGCCCCGGCCGACCACCCUUCCGCAAGGCCCAGUCUGCCGCUUGCAUGGAGAUCUCUUUGCCAGUUUCCUCCCUCACGGAAGAGAAUUCGUUCAGCUUCUCGCGGAGCUCCAGUGUGUCCAGUAUCGGCCGCGACACCAAGGAAGCGGUGACCACGCUGCAGUUCGGAGAGUCCUACGGUCGUAAAGGUGACUCCCUGCCCACCGCCUGCCUGUGGGUGGGCACCAGCCUGGGCGUGGUCCUCCUACUGCCCAUAUCCAUCCCCACAGAGAAGGAGAGGCUGGAGGAGCCUGUCACCAUGGGGCCCAGCGGUACCGUCCUGAUGCUGAAGGGCCCAGUGCUAAGCUUUUCCUUCCUGGACUGUGGGGGCACCCUUAUCCAGAGUCCCUACGAGGUUUGGCGGGAACCCAACGUCCCCGAGGACCCCGACGAGCCCCGCAGGCGCAAGCUGGUCAACUUAUCCCCGCUGUCUUCCCAGGAGGCAUGUGGGGACGGUCACCUGGCCGUGGUGUGUUCUGAGAAACAGGCCAAGGUCAUCCUCAUGCCUACCCAGGCCGUCCUGUUCACACACAACGUCACAGAGCCUUCCUUCCUCCUGCGGGCCGACGUCGUCUCCGUCUGCAACAGCGUCUGCCUGGCCUGCUUCUGCGCCAACGGACACGUCAUGACCCUCAGUUUGCCCAGUCUGAGACUCCUGAUGGAUACUAACUACUUUCCCCUGACGGACAUGCGUAUCGCCCGUACCUUCGUCUUCACCAACGGCGGUCAGGCUCUGUACCUGAGCUCUCCUACAGAGAUACAACGCAUCGCAUACAGCCAAGAGAUGACGGACAACCUGCAGGACAUGCUGGGGGAGCUGUUCACUCCUAUUGAAACACCAGAGGCCCAGAACCAAGGAUUCCUCAAGGGAUUCUUCGGGGGCAACGCCCAGACCUUCGACAGAGAAGAGCUGUUUGGGGAGGCAGCAGCGGGAAAGGCCUCUCGGAGCCUGGCCCAGCACAUCCCUGGUCCAAUGGGAUUGGAGAACGUGAGGGCUGCAGCUGGCGGGGUGGUGGGGGACCUGGCCCGAGCCCACAUCGCCUUGGAGCAGAGAGGAGAGAGACUGGGAGAGCUGGAGGAACGCACCACCCUCAUGAUGAAAAGUGCAGAGACGUUCUCAACACACGCCCACCAGGUAAUGCUGAAACACAAGGACAAGAAAUGGUAUCAACUUUAAAGUAGGACAGCGGGCCACGACUGCUGGUGCUUUGCUGGGACAUGGACCAUCACUCUACAGAUGAGAGAGAGACAGAGAGAGAGAGAGAAAUGACUUUGUAUUUAUGGGCCUCUCUGUAGGACGUCUGUACAUCAUUGUCACAAGACUUGGACAGAGGGCGGUCACUGAGAUGGACACAGACCAGGAAGUAAGUUGGUAAGACAGGGGAACCCAGGAAGUGGAUGAUGACAUCAGUGUGUGUGUGGGUGGGUUACCCAGAUCUUGCUGUGUAGAUACUCUUAACGUUAUGAAACCAGCAAGACUGAAUUAAACAAAAUGGAUGACUACUGAUAACAUACAACUGCCAUAUCAAAAGGCAGCAUGCUACAAUAAGAAAUAAUAAAUAUAAAAUGUAUUGAAUAAUAUAAUAUAAACAAAAGAAAGUUUGAUUUCAAAAAUAAUAAUACUUUUUGAAAUAUUAAAAAUAUAUAUAUAUAAAAAUGAAAAUGUAUACCUGCAUUGCUAUAAAGCCAAACGUUUUUUGUGUUGCCUUCUUUAUAUAUAUAUAUAUAUAUUAUUCUUUAUCUCUUUAGGUUUUCUGAACACAUAUCGUUGCUGUAUCAACACUUUAUUUUCCCAAUAUUGUACUCGUGAUGAUAUUUGUGUGCCGUCAGAUCUCUGGGGUCUAAACAGUGAAAGAGACAAAACACGAGUCUUUCAAAACGUAUCACUACACACAUUGAGAGACGUAUCACUACACACAUUGAGAGACGUAUCACUACACACAAUGAGAGACGUAUCACUACACACAUUGAGAGACGUAUCACUACACACAUUGAGAGACGUAUCACUACACACAUUGAGAGACGUAUCACUACACACAUUGAGAGACGUAUCACUACACACAUUGAGAGACGUAUCACUACACACAUUGAGAGACGUAUCACUACACUGAGGGGCCCGUGGUGACAGUGGUUUGUGUUGGCUGAGGGGCCCGUGGUGAUAGUGGUGUGUGUUGGCUGAGGGGCCCGUGGUGAUAGUGGUCUAUAUUGGCUGAGGGACCCGUGGUGAUAGUGGUGUUUGUUGGCUGAGGGACCGUGGUGAAAGUGGUGUUUGUUGGCUGAGGGACCCGUGGUGAUAGUGGUGUGUGUUGGCUGAGGGGCCGUGGUGACAGUGGUCUAUAUUGGCUGAGGGGCCGUGGUGAUAGUGGUCUAUAUUGGCUGAGGGACCGUGGUGAUAGUGGUCUAUAUUGGCUGAGGGGCCCGUGGUGAUAGUGGUCUAUAUUGGCUGAGGGGCCCGUGGUGAUAGUGGUCUAUAUUGGCUGAGGGGCCCGUGGUGAUAGUGGUCUAUAUUGGCUGAGGGGCCCGUGGUGAUAGUGGUCUAUAUUGGCUGAGGGACCGUGGUGAUAGUGGUCUAUAUUGGCUGAGGGGCCCGUGGUGAUAGUGGUCUAUAUUGGCUGAGGGGCCCGUGGUGAUAGUGGUCUAUAUUGGCUGAGGGGCCCGUGGUGAUAGUGGUCUAUAUUGGCUGAGGGACCCGUGGUGAUAGUGGUGUGUGUUGGCUGAGGGGUCGUGGUGACAGUGGUCUAUAUUGGCUGAGGGGACCGUGGUGAUAGUGGUCUAUAUUGGCUGAGGGGCCCGUGGUGAUAGUGGUCUAUAUUGGCUGAGGGGCCCGUGGUGAUAGUGGUCUAUAUUGGCUGAGGGGCCCGUGGUGAUAGUGGUCUAUAUUGGCUGAGGGGACCGUGGUGAUAGUGGUCUAUAUUGGCUGAGGGACCGUUGUGAUAGUGGUCUAUAUUGGCUGAGGGGCCCGUGGUGA